CUGUAAAGAGCGCAGCGCAGCGCAGACUAGAGGAGUGUGUGUGGGGUCGCGACUGAGAGGCGCACAAUCACAAUGCGGGAGAUCGUGCACAUCCAGGCGGGCCAGUGCGGCAACCAGAUCGGAACGAAGUUCUGGGAGGUGAUCAGCGGCGAACACGGCAUCGAUCCCGCGGGAAACUACGUGGGCGACUCGGCGCUGCAGGUGGACAGGAUCAGCGUGUACUACAACGAGGCGUCCUCUCACAAAUAUGUACCUCGAGCAAUUUUGGUGGACCUAGAACCAGGAACCAUGGACAGUGUUCGUUCCGGGGCUUUUGGGCAGCUUUUCAGACCGGACAACUUCAUUUUUGGGCAAACAGGUGCGGGCAACAACUGGGCCAAGGGCCAUUACACGGAGGGGGCGGAGCUCGUGGACUCGGUGCUGGACGUGGUGCGGAAGGAGUGCGAGCACUGCGACUGCCUGCAAGGCUUCCAGCUCACGCACUCGCUGGGUGGCGGCACGGGCUCCGGCAUGGGCACCCUGCUCAUCAGCAAGAUUCGCGAGGAGUACCCUGAUCGCAUCAUGAACACCUUCAGCGUCAUGCCCUCGCCCAAGGUGUCCGACACGGUCGUGGAGCCUUACAACGCCACGCUGUCCGUGCACCAGCUGGUGGAGAACACCGACGAGACGUACUGCAUCGACAACGAGGCGCUGUACGACAUCUGCUUCCGCACGCUCAAGCUGAGCACGCCCACCUACGGGGACCUCAACCACCUGGUGUCGGCCACCAUGAGCGGCGUCACCACAUCGCUGCGCUUCCCGGGCCAACUCAAUGCCGAUCUCCGUAAGCUGGCCGUGAACAUGGUGCCCUUCCCCCGCCUGCACUUUUUCAUGCCGGGCUUCGCUCCCCUCACCAGCAGGGGGAGCCAGCAGUACCGUGCCCUAACUGUGCCCGAGCUCACCCAGCAGAUGUUCGAUGCCAAGAACAUGAUGGCGGCCUGCGAUCCGCGCCACGGGCGCUACCUGACCGUGGCCACCGUCUUCCGCGGGCCCAUGUCCAUGAAGGAGGUGGAUGAGCAGAUGCUGGCUAUCCAGAAUAAGAACAGCAGCUACUUCGUGGAAUGGAUCCCUAACAACGUGAAGGUGGCCGUGUGCGACAUCCCACCACGCGGCCUCAAGAUGUCUUCCACGUUCAUCGGUAACAGCACGGCCAUCCAGGAGCUCUUCAAGCGCAUCUCCGAGCAGUUCUCGGCCAUGUUCCGCCGCAAGGCCUUCUUGCACUGGUUCACGGGCGAAGGCAUGGACGAGAUGGAGUUCACCGAGGCCGAGAGCAACAUGAAUGACCUGGUGUCCGAGUACCAGCAGUACCAGGAGGCCACGGCCAAUGAUGGCGAAGAGGCGUUUGAGGAUGAGGAAGAGGAGAUCAACGAGUGAUGGGCAGUUUGCCACCUCUUUAAAGUGCAAGAUUGUUCUUCCUGUGGAGUAAUGCACUGAGUUACAUCAAAGUAUUAUAGUGAAAUGUUUGAAGCUCUGAAGUUGCUUCCAAAAGAGCUUGAAAGCCUCUUGAGGUGAUGUGAGGAAUAUUUUCAAUAAAAAUCAUUAGCAAAA